UACCGAAACCCGAGUAAAAAAGGUAAGAAAGCUGCUCUCCUCCCAAGCUACCCUCAAUUCAAAAAUUCAAAACUUUGAAAGAUACCAAAACCCGACACCGUCCAUACUCUCCGCUCCCGUCCAAUCCUCCAAAUGGGCUGCACUUCAUCACAUCUCCUGGAAGACGACGAAGACUACACCCACUUCGGUGGGUCACCAUCAGGACUCGGUCAUCACAUCGUCUCUCUCACCUCCACGACCUACGGCCUCCUCACCCUCGAUUCCCCUCAACGCAGCCCUACCGUCCAUCCCCAACCCAUCACCCCUAGGCUGGUGGGCCUCACUCCUCUCCCUGAGCCCAGGUGCCGUCCCUCCGAGCCCGAAAUCAUCAACUCCUGGGAGCUCAUGGCCGGCCUCGACAACGACAGUUUCCGUUUCUCUCCCAUCCCUCUUCGUUCCUCCCUCCUCCACAAUACCCUCCCAGAUCUCGAUACUCAGCUUUCCUGGCCAUCCAAGCCGUCCAUCUUCAACAGCCCCAUCAUUGGUAAAGAGAACAAAGAGAAUCGCCCGAUCGGGUUCCCUUCCCGAAUCGGCUCCAAUGUCUUCAAGCUGUUGAAUACCGCUAGCUUCCCAACGAAAGAAUCUGUGAAAUCGAAUGCGUUGGAUGGGUUCGAGAAACGGUGCCCGCCGGGCGGGGAGAAUGCGGUGGUGAUCUACACGACGACGCUGAGGGGGAUUCGGAAGACGUUUGAAGACUGCAAUGCGGUGCGAGUGGCGCUGGAAGGGGUUGGGGUUUGGGUGAAGGAGAGAGACGUUUCGAUGCAUUCGGGGUAUAGAGAGGAGCUGAGGGAACUAAUGGAAGGGAAGGGCGGUGGGGUGACGGUGCCGCGAGUUUUUGUGAAAGGAAGGUAUAUUGGGGGAGCAGAGGAGGUGCUGAAGAUUCAUGAAGAAGGUGGUCUGGCGGCGUUGGUCGAAGGGCUGCCGAAGGUGAGAGUUGGUGCAAUCUGCGACGGGUGUGGUGGUGCAAGGUUCUUGCCCUGUUUCAGGUGCAGUGGGAGCUGUAAGGUGGUGAAAGAAGAUGGGAGGAAGGUGGUGAGAUGCCCUGAAUGUAAUGAGAAUGGGCUGGUGCUCUGCCCCAUUUGCAGCUGAGCUGAGUGGUUUUUUUGGUUUGGUUGUGGUAUUACUGUUUUGAUUAUUAGUAGCUUAAUUGGGCUUAUUUGUAUGUAUUUUCUCUGUUUUGGAAAUGAAAAUGUAGCUUGGUUUUCAUUUCUCCUCA